AUGGUGGUGAUCGCACGACAAAUCCCUCGGAAUAGCGAGAAGCCCACCAAGUCCGAUUCUGCUAUAGAUGAGGCUCGACUGGAGUCAGCACUUGGCCACAAGCAAGAAUUGGUUCGGAAUUUUGGAUUAUGGAGUUUGACCAGCUUGGGAAUUGUCAUUGCAAACUCCUGGGCUUCAACGGGAGGGACCAUUGUCGCAGCACUUCAAAAUGGUGGACCUAUGGCCGUUCUUUACGGGUUGAUUCUAGUUAGUGUCUUUUACACGGCGAUUUCAGCAUCGCUAGCCGAACUUGCUUCGUCAAUGCCCUCUGCCGGUGGUGUCUACUACUGGUCGUCUGUACUAAGUCGCAACCGGGGCAAAACAGCAGGCUUCUUUACGGGAUAUUUAAAUGCCUGCGCCUGGUUACUAUCCGCAUCUUCAAUGAGCUCAAUGCUAGGCAAUGAAGGAGUCGCCAUGUAUUUGCUCCAUCAUACAAGUGUGAAAUGGCAAGCUUGGCAAGUCUUCAUUGUGUUCCAGAUUGUUAAUUGGACCUGCUGUGCUAUUGUGUGCCUGGGGAACCGUUUCAUCCCUCUUCUCAAUCGCAUCGCCCUCACUCUGUCCAUGGUUGGACUUGUCACGACUGUGAUUGUUCUUGCGGUGAUGCCAAAGAAACACGCAAGCAGCCAGCAGGUGUGGGUCGAGUAUCACAACAAUACAGGCGGAUGGUCAGAUGGGGUUUGCUUCAUGACUGGACUGCUCAAUGCUGCAUUUGCAGUCGGAGUGCCCGACUGUAUCAGCCAUCUCUCCGAAGAGGUACCCAAGCCUGAGACCAAGGUUCCUCAAGGCAUUAUGCUACAAAUGCUCACAGCCUUCAUCACAUCUUUCGUCUACCUAAUCGCACUCUUCUACUCUAUCCAAGAUCUUGACGCAGUAUUCGCGAGCAACAUCGUAUCUUUCCCAACUGCCGAAAUCUACCGACAAGCAACCGGAUCCAACGGGGGUGCCAUCGGCCUGAUUGCUGUGCUAUUUCUCGCAACAUUCCCGACAUUAAUUGGCACUUUCGUGACAGGUGGCAGAAUGUGGUGGAGUCUAGCGCGCGACAAUGCGACACCGUUUUCAAGCUAUUUUGCCCACAUUCAUCCAACGCUAAACUGCCCGGUCCGUGCAACAGUCGCAAUGAGUGCACUUGUGACUUGCCUAGGAUGCAUAUACAUCGGUAGCACUACAGCGUUCCAGGCGCUAAUCUCGUCAUUCAUUGUACUCAGCUCACUCUCAUAUUUUGGCGCUAUCCUUCCGCAUGUCCUGUCUGGUCGUCGAAAUAUGGUUCCUGGGCCGUUUUAUAUGGGACAAAAUCUCGGCAUGGCGGUUAACAUUGUUUCUUUGGUGUACAUUUCUGUCACUGUUAUUUUCUUCUGCUUCCCCCUUGUGUUGCCUGCCACUAUCCAUAAUAUGAACUACACCAGUGUUAUUAUUGUUGGAUUGAUGGCUUUGACUGCUUUGUGGUGGCUAUUCCGUGGGAGACGUCAGUAUCAUGGUCCACAUUAUAGCUUUGAGGCUGCUGAGCGGUUGGCGGCGUUCCAGGAGGGCAAGGAGGGUCGUCGAUCUUUUAUUGAUGUUGUGGAUGGCUUGCCUGUUGGCUGCGUUGCGCAUGGCUGA